GAGAGAGAGAGAGAGAGAGAGGCCAUCUCGUCAUUUUACACCACUAUGGCCUAACUUUUCCAUUGGUUCAUGUAGAUGUAGAUGGAGAAUGUUUUGGCUACCAAGAGUAGUUGGAAUCUUAGCAUGUCCCUUCCAAAUUAUCAUGCCAUUAGGGUUUCCACCCUCUUCUUCUUUCCUGUUUCUGAACUAAACCACUAGCUAGCCUUAAGAGUCCAGUGCUCCUCUCAUCAACACUUAGAUCCUUCAAGGCUAAGAAACUCCCUCUUCACCCACAUCUGUUCAGCCAACCCUACCACAUAUAAUAUAAGUGCUCUCCCUUUCCUCUCUCUCUCUCUCUCUCUCUCUCUCUCUCUCUCUCUCUCUCUCUCUCUCUCUCUCUCUCUCUCUUUCUCUCUGCUGCUACUUAUGGAUAUUUGAUUAUCCACCUUCUCUCAAACCCUAUCAUCAUAGGGAAAGAAGAAGGAGGAGGAGGAGGAAGAGAAGAAGAAGAAGGAGAAGGAGGAGGAGGAGGAGAAGAAGAAGAAGAAGAAGAAGAAGAAGAAGAAGAAGAAACAAAGAAAAAGAAGAAGAAACAAACAUGGUUUUUUCGUCGGUUCCAGCCUAUAUGGAUCCACCCAACUGGAAUCAGCAACAGCCGCUUCAGCUUCCGGCCGCUGCAGGUGGAGGCAGUGAGGCUCCUCAGCUCCUUCCGGGAUUGGCAGCUGCACAGCGACCAGAAGGCGGUACGGUAGCUGCAGGCUUGGCCAGACCGAUCUCCAUGGCAGAACGAGCCCGCCUCGCGAAGAUCCCGCAGCCGGAACAACCGCUCAAGUGCCCGCGGUGCGACUCCACGAACACCAAGUUCUGCUACUUCAACAACUACUCUCUCUCGCAGCCUCGCCACUUCUGCAAGACCUGUCGACGCUACUGGACCCGAGGCGGCGCCCUCCGAAACGUUCCCGUGGGUGGAGGCUGCCGUCGCAACAAGCGGAGUAAAUCCUCGGGAAGCUCCUCCAAGUCGACCACCGCUGACCGCCAGGCAGGCAACUCAUCUUCGUCUUCAACUGCCACGGGCCGCGGCGGCGCUCUCCCACCUAACAUACCCCAGCCGGGCCAGUUGCCUUUCCUUGCCUCCAUGCACACUUUCGCUGACUACGGUGCCUCAAAUCCCAGCUUUAACUUCACGGGCAUCCCAACCAUCGAUGCGGACGAGUACCAGAUGGGAAGCAUCUCGGGCGUCGGGAUCGAGCAGUGGAAGCUGCCGCAGAUCCAGCCAUUCCCUUUCUUGGGGAUUUUGGAGCCACCACAGCAGCCUCCUGCGGUGCAAUCAUUGUCCGAGCUAUACCACUUCACCGGAGAAGGCGGAGGCGACAGCACUAUGAACCGAGUCCUUCCGAAGCUUCCUGCCUCUUCCCUAAUCACGCAGCUGGCUUCCGUGAAGAUGGAAGACAACUCUCAGGGACUCAAUCUACCAAGGCAGUAUUCAGGUCUCACUGCAAACGACCAAUAUUGGAGCAGUGCCGGUGAAGCUGGCAGCACCAGCGGCGGAGGUUGGACGACAGAUUUCUUCAACUCUUCCUCAUCCGGCAACAUCUUGUAACUCUCAGUUCAUGGCCCGAGCUUUUGCUGUGACCGCAUCGCUCGGAGGAUGAACUACGUACUGAAGUAAUCAAGGAAGAAGAAGAAGAAGAUCUCGAUUACCAUCUUCCCCUCAGAAAAAUGAGGUCAGUGUCUCAUCUUGGAUCUACUUUUGUGUUUGUUGCUUCCCAUCUUAACUUCAGUGGAUGUCUAAAUCGAGCUGCCGCACAAACUCAUGGAGGAUCAGAUCUCUGACAUGAGGUUGGUUGUUAGUAAUGAACUAUAAUGCUCUUCAUUGGAUUGAGUCGAAGCUUAUCUACACAUCAUUACUCUCA